AUCCUCAACCUGCGCCUGAGGGAGGCGGAGCAGCAGCGCCUGCGGGAGGCGGAGCAUGAGCGGCUGCGGCAGAGCGACGGCAGGGAGCGGCUGCGGAACCUCAACACCAUCCAGGAGGAGAUCCUGCAGCUCAACCAGCUGCUGGAGCCCUCCACCCAGACCAGGAGCGACCUCCCCCCCGCCAGCCUCAGCUGCUUCUCCACCCGCGGGAACCAGCUGUGCUCCCAGCUGUCGGAGGUGGUGCGCAAGACGGCAGAGGGAGAGUUUCCCAGCGUGGAGGACAUGACCAUGUCGGAGCGAGCGCUGCACGAGAUGAGGGCGCUGAUCCGGCUGAUGCAGGAGGAGGUGGCCAAGGCUCAAGAGAAGAAGAAGAAGAAGGAGCAUGAUGAAGAAGAGCAGGGCAGGAAGCAGGUGGAGCUGCAGGCGCAGCAGGAAGCGCAGAAGAAGGCGGUGGAGACAGCCAAAGAGAAGGCGAAGAGGAAAGGUCUGCAGAACAGCGCUGAGGAGAGCACCCUGAAGUGGUUCAGGGAGCUGCAGGAGGCUGCUGCUCGCUGCCAGGAGGCCCUGCAGCAGCUCAACUGCCCCAAGGACGCCCAGACAAAGAAGCUGAAGCUGGAGCUCCAGAAGGCGGCCUCCAUCCCCGUCAGUCAGAUCUCCAGCAACUCUGGGUCGCAGCUCCGAGAAAUCUUUGACAAGAUCGACAAGCUGCUGUCGGGACGGGGCUUGGUGUCUGGGGGGAGGACCAUCUCCACCUCCCAGCAUCCCCAGGGCCUGGACUUUGUCAGUUACAAAUUGGCAGAAAAGUUUGUGAAACAAGGAGAAGAGGAGGUGGCGUCUCACCACGAAGCCGCCUUCCCCAUCGCCAUGGUUGCCGCCGGCGUCUGGGAGCUGCACCCUAGGGUGGGGGAUCUCAUCCUCGCCCACCUGCACAAGAAAUGUCCGUACGCAGUCCCACACUACCCUCCGAUGAAAGAAGGCACAACUGUGGAGGAUUACCAGAGGAUUAUUGGUUACCGUGUGGACGACUCCGGGGUGGAAGGUCAGGACAGUUUUCUGAAGAGGAUGUCCGGGAUGAUCCGUCUCUACGCCGCCCUCAUCCAGCUGAGGUGGCCCUACGGCUCCAAGCAGGGGUCUGCUCCUCACGGUCUGAAACACGGCUGGCGUUGGUUGGCUCAGAUGCUCAACAUGGAGCCUCUGGCUGACAUCACGGCCACGCUUCUGUUCGACUUUCUUGAGGUUUGUGGUCACGCUCUGAUGAGGCAGUAUCAAAGCCAGUUCUGGAAACUCAUCCUGCUACUUAAAGAGGAGUACUUCCCAAGAAUUGAAGCGGUGACCAGCAGUGGACAGAUGGGCUCUGUCAUCAGACUCAAACACUUUCUAGAGACGUCACUGCAGAGCCGACAGAUCCGGCCUCCAAAAGGCCAGCUGAACUCAGCUUUUUGGAGCUCCUGAUGGAGGAGGAGGGGUCACCAUUUUGGAUGUUUCUGCAUGACGUUAUUUAGGACUGAAUGAAGCAGAGAGGGAAAUGUGGUUUGAGGUUUGGAACUUAAAGCCGACUUAGUGAGUAAUUGGGUGGAAAAGCCAAGUUGCUGCUGGAGGAAGAUUGUUGUUCACAUUAGUGAGAGUAACACGGCUUCUGUGGAUUCAAGAACUUGUUUCAGGUGUUCGACUGUGGUGUGGUGUGGUGGCUCAACUACACUAAUUCAACAGCUUUGAAAAGCUAAGGGCUAAAAAGGAAGCACUUUAACACCAAUGUGAUUACAUUUUGUUUUCCUUCUCCUUACACCUUUAGAAUAUACUCAAGCAUUUGCGUGUAUGCAACAAGACAGUAGUCAAUUAUUUGAAGAGGUUUAUAUCAGUUUUACUCACAAAAUGUAGUCACUACUGCUUGUUUUAAUUGUAAUAGUUGCUGAUCAAAACAGUUUUGAAUGUUUUUUUCUGCUAUUUAUGUUUUUUAUGAAUCCACUAUGUGGAACAAAGAUUAUACUGCAAAACUGCUGAGGCGCAUAACCAAAUUAUUUGGUGUUCAUUUUAAUACAGAAAUCUGAAAAUGAUGGAAUCAUUCAGAUUAUGACAAAAGUGAUUUACCAGAUUGAUUGUUACUGUCAUCUAUAAACCAAAUGUCUCAAAUAAAACCGCAUCAGCAGUUCACUGAA